CGCCAGGCAAGGGAAACGACCGGGGCCGCUGUGCAUUUGGCUAAAAAAUAAACAAGGAUUAUUGAUCAGUUUUCGUCACAUUGGUCCUGUGUUGAAGAUAUAGAUAUCACCUUUGUGUUGAGGCGGAUAUUUCUCCUGUUCGUGCGUGAUCAUUGGAUUAAAUGUGUUAUUUUCCACUGACGGUCCCACUGGAGUCCCCUGUGCCACUAAUGACUAAUGUGGCUUCUAAAGACACGGCUGCGCUUGACUGAAGAUCCGCUGCACACCUCAUCAUGAUGAUGGCAAAGAUUCUCUGGGACACGAUCUUAUUAAUAAGUGGUACUUUUAGUAUAUCUUUGAUUCUCAAUGGGUCCCUCUUUACAUUUGGAGCAGGGCAGAACAAUUCAACACUUAGUGACGCCAACGUCUCCUUUAAGAGUAACUCUACAAAUUUGCCAUAUUUUUCAACAAAUAACUUUUCAUCUCCAAGCCCAACAACCAUUGCAACUAGCACAACAGGCACUACUCCUAUUAAAAAGUUUGUGGCGGCGGCAGUGCGGUCUCACUUUGACGAAUGCCCUGACUCCCAUCGUCACUUCUGUUUUCAUGGAACAUGUCGCUUUCUCAUUCUGGAGGAGACACCUGCGUGUGUGUGUCAUCAAGGUUUCGUGGGGAUACGAUGUGAGCAUGCAGACCUAUUGGCGGUAGUAGCCACCAAAAACAGUCAAAACACCUACGCCACAGUAUUAGUGUUCUGUGUCAUCAGUUGCAUCCUUUUAGCAGUGCUGGUUACUCUUCUACACUGCUGGUGGAGACAGCUCUGCCGUCGUAGAAGAUAUGCACAUCACUACGCCUCUGAGAAGAACAGUAGUGGAGUGUCCUACUGGCCAUCAGAAAGUGUGGUUUAAGAAGGAGCUGUGAAGAUGCUUUGGUGGCUUUGGAGCUGGCUGCAUCUUGUGUUUGGCUUUCUUUGUGCCUCGGACCCACAAAUCUUCUAGCCUUCAAGUGAUGUUCUCAAAAUCUGAAGAGGAAAUACUGGGAUUAUAAAAGAUGGAUUUGGUUGACUUAUUCUGCUUGAGAAAAAAUGUUUUCUGUGUCUACACCAUCUGUGGAAAUCUAUACAGCAACCAGCAGCCCUCCAUUCAAAUGAUGGAGAAGCUCUGUUUGGUCUCAGACCAAACUGAAGGAAGUCAUCAUAUCUGAUAACUUUUGGUAGAGAAUGAACUCCGAACAGGCUUUAUUCAGGUAAAAGGACUACCAGGUUUCACUGUCUUGAACCAAAAGCCUUUAAUUCCUAAUAAAGGUUUUUAAGGGAGCACAUUUUUCACAACUUGAUGAGCACAGAAUAUUUUUUUAUUAUAAGGUGAAGGGACAUACCACUGGUUUAAAGGACAUUUAUGGGCUGAUUUUAAGGAACUCGACUGCACUAUUUGUAAUUAGGAACUGACUACUGGACAACAAUGUAAGCGCAUGAAAGGUCCUGGAUGAACAAGGAUUCCCACUGGUGAAUUAUAGAGAGCAAACACACAAAUUGUGUGGUUUAAAGUUAACUGUUGUGAAACUGAAGAUGAACUCUAUUUGGUCAGUUUAUUUUUUAUUCCUGAACUAUACUUGAAUAUUCUCUGGCAUGCUAUAACUCGACUCACUUUGUGGAUAUGUCACAGUAUAUUUGUCUUAAAAGUCUGCACUGUUUAAAUUUUACUCACUUCUGGAGGUGCAUCUACAGAGAUGCCCUGUUUUAACCCUGAGCACUGAAGGGGUCACGUGGUGGAGCACAUCCUAUCUAAGUAUGAUAGCACUUGCAUUAAAAAAAAAAAACAUUGUACAUUUGCACAAUUAGUUUUAUGUCGGAGCUAUUAUAGUAUUGCCGAAUUUUAACAAUAAUUAUCUUUAAACUGCAUUUAAAUAAAUUGCUAAUAAGGAAUAUAAAAUUGACUGAAAAUUUGAUUUGUGAUUUUCGAUAUGAGGCAUUUAUGAGCCCAUAUUUUUGCUUUGUUUACAUGACCUUGUCUUUGUUUGUCUCUGUGGAGAGGUCUUUUUUAUUCGUGUUUUACUUUUCUGAUGUAUUUUGUGUCUUUAUAUUCUCAUUUAUGUUUCAAUGUUGAAUUAAAUAUCAAACAGCA